UCAUUCACCAAUCAAACCAUUGCAAUUGAGUGCAUUGACCAACCUGCUACUGCUGCCAAUUCCAGCACUUUGCAAGUCAGUUGAAUUGAUGUUGCUUCCGCGUUUAUAGCUUCGGGUGUGUAGUGAAAACGAAAGAGCUAGUACCGCGAUGCAAACACAGUUGUUUUGCUACUUAUCAAUCUAAAAUGGCGUCGCUAUUUAUCAUUUAGUUAUCAUUCUCUACGUGAACGUUCCUCAGUGAUCACAUUCGAGUGAGUCAUAAACCAACAUAGCAAUGACAUUUUUAUAGCACACAGUGGAAAUACGUUUUUCAAACGUUUUAGAAGAAUAGACAGUGAAUUUAUACAACAAUAAUGCGCGAAUUCAAAGUGGUAGUGUUGGGUUCGGGUGGGGUCGGAAAGAGUGCUUUAACAGUGCAGUUUGUUUCCGGAUGUUUCAUGGAAAAGUAUGACCCCACCAUAGAAGAUUUCUAUAGGAAAGAAAUUGAGGUUGAUAAUUCUCCGUGUGUUCUAGAGAUAUUGGAUACUGCCGGCACGGAGCAAUUUGCCUCCAUGAGAGAUUUGUAUAUAAAGAAUGGCCAAGGAUUUGUUGUAGUUUAUUCGUUAACCAAUCACCAGACGUUCCAAGAUAUAAAACCAAUGAAGGAAUUGAUAACGCGUGUCAAGGGUUCAGAACGCGUUCCCAUAUUGUUAGUUGGUAACAAAGCGGAUUUGGAACACCAACGCGAAGUGUCCCAAGCCGAAGGCUCGGCGCUUGCCCAGCUGUGGGGCUGUCCGUUUGUGGAGGCCUCUGCGAAAAGUCGCACAAAUGUCAACGAAAUGUUUGCGGAAAUUGUGCGUGAAAUGAACGUUAGUCCUGAAAAGGAAAAGAAACCUUAUUGUUGCUGUACAGUGCUUUAAAACUUAGAGUGUAAUGUGGCAUUUAUUUCUCGUAAGACUGCAACGGCGAGGUGGAGGCUUGUCCUCUUUGGCUCGACGACUGGCCGCCUCCAGGGCGGCCUGGGCGGCGGCGCGCCAGCCCUGGUCGCUCUACACUUAGUGAUCGGGAUGCGCGUCAUAUCAAGUUGUUAAUAUCUUUGAUACAUACCAUUGUCCAAUCGAGGUGCUUUAUCUUAUAUUUUCAUACUUUAGUACUGGUAGAUUCUCCCGCAAUAAUCAUUUUCAUAUGAAAACAACAAGUACAUCAACUAAAUAGGGAUUUUUUACAUGUAUUAUUAAAAGAUUCCAAAAUCAUAAAAACUUAUUUACUUUUUAAAACAUCAGGCAGUGUAAUUAUUGUCAUUUUAAGCAACAAUAAUAAUGUAUUGUAUAUUAAUAUUAGUCACUUUGUACAUAAUUUAUAAUUUCAUGAGAUUAAAAUGAGAAAGGACAAGGACGGUUUUAGGGAAUAAAAGGCCAUCCAAAUAUGCAAUAAUCUUAUAUGAUUGUGUAGAGUGAAGUGCGAUGAAUAAGAGUUUACACCUAAGUCAUAUUGAAAUUGUGUUUUACUGUGUAAAUUAUGUUUAUAUAUGAGAAAUCAGUAAUCAAGAAAAUAUGGACUUAAGAUUUGUCAGAUGUGUGAUUGUGUUUUAAAAGUCUACCAGGAUUUGUGAUAAUACAUAUAACAAAAUAUCUAUAAUAAAAGUUUUAAGUGGGAGAUUAA